GAUGAAAAUGCUUUGUUUGGUGAUCUUCAUCGACACGGCUUUUCUGCAACCAAGCGAUUGAGCAUCAACUCCACAAUUUUUAAGGGAGCUUCUUUCCAGCUGGAUUCCAUUAAUCUUGAUCCAUUCUCGACGGCUGCCAGGAUUGCAUCAGUCCCUUCUGUGAAGCAAGCUUGGCCUGUUCAUCUGCUGAAGCGCCCUGAUAACGCAACGCUUACUGCUCCAAGUAGCGAUUCUAGCCACUCAGAUGAAGUUGCAAACAUCAUCCGCCGAGCAAAGUCCGCCAACGACACCUAUUCGCCCCAUGUUGCAGUUCAGAUCGAUAAACUUCACAAUGCAGGAAUAACGGGCAAGGGUAUCAAGAUCGGCAUCAUCGAUACUGGAGUUGAUUUCAACCACCCUGCUCUGGGUGGAUGCUUUGGCAAAGGCUGUGUAGUCACUUACGGAACAGACUUGGUUGGUGAUGACUACGAUGGCUCCAAUACUCCUGUUCCUGGACCUGAGCCAUAUGCGAACUGUACUGGCCAUGGAACACACGUCACUGGCAUCAUUGGCGCUCUAUCAAACCCUGUGGGAAUUAUUGGCGCUGCCCCUGGAGCAGAGAUUGGCAUGUACAGAGUCUUUGGCUGCACUGGUGAUGUUGGAGCCGAUGUUGCCAUGGCUGGAGCCACUCAGGCUUUCGAGGACGGAUCAGACAUUCUCUCACUUUCUCUUGGUGGAGCCUCCGGCUGGACGGAAGAUUCAUUCUCGGUUCUCUUGCAACGAAUCGUAGAUGCCGGCGUCCCAGUUGCGGUUGCCAACGGCAAUUCCGGCUCGGCAGGACUGUUUACUGCAGGCACUCCGGCCAACGGCAAAGGAGUGACAGCAGUAUCGUCUGUCGAGAAUACCAUGACACCGUAUUACGGCACCAUUGGAUAUGUGAACACGGAUAAAACUUCCACAGCCGGCCAGCUUCCGUUUGUUUAUGCAAAUGGAGCAAAUCCACUCCCGAAUACCACUCUGCCACUGUUCGCAAUCACCCCCAAUGUCACCACAGAUGGCACUUUUGCCUCCUGCAACCCUCUCAAUAGCAAUGCGCCGGCCGACCUCAGUGGAUACAUUGUUCUUGUUCAGUAUACUCUUGGCCCUUGCGAUACCUGGACUGUUGCAGAGUUCCUGGCAAAGAAUAACAAUGCGAAGAAUAUCUUGUACUGGCUUGACGCGCCAGGACACACUUAUGCUCCUGGCUCGGACGCCGCAGGCUUCGGAAUGACUACACAACUGCAAGGUCAAAUCUGGAUUGAUCAACUAGAUGGCGGCAAAGAGCUUUACCUGACCUUUUUCGACUCGGAAUCUGCACCCACCGGCUCAAGCUUCCUCCCCAAUCCCACCAAUCCCAACACCAUUGAUACCUUCACUAGUUGGGGCCCAACAUGGCAAGCAGAUGUCAACCCCUCAAUCUCCACGGUAGGAGGCUCUAUUCUUUCCACGUAUCCAGUAUGGGCAGGUAGCUACGCCGUUGACAGUGGCACUUCCAUGGCUACGCCGCUGAUGGCAUCGAUUUAUGCCUUGCUGAUGGAGGCACGGGGUACCAAAGACCCCAAGACUCUUUUGAAUGUGCUGUCAUCGACAGCGCUUCAGCUGCCAUUUUAUGACGGAACAACGCUGUAUAAUGAGCUUGCCCCCGUUGCGCAACAGGGCGGUGGGCUGGCUCAGGCCUAUGAUGCUGCUCACGCAACAACUCUACUUAGCGUUUCAAGCAUUUCUUUCAACGACACAGACAAUUUCGUCAAGAAGACAAAUUUCGAGAUCAAGAACACAGGAAAGAGGAGUGUCACGUACACAAUCGGCCACAACCCAACUCUCACCAUGUACACAUUUGGAGACGGCUCUACUGGCCACUACUCUGCGCCUUUCCCGAAUCCCAUCGCCGAUGGCGCUGCAGCCAGCCUUGCCUUUUCGCAAAAGAAGAUCACAGUCCCAGCAGGAGGCUCAGCCGCUGUCACUGUCGUUGCAACCCCUCCUCAUGGAUUGAAUGCGACGGAAAUACCUGUUUAUAGCGGAUUCAUCACCCUCAACGCUACGAGCGGCGAGAAUCUUGCUAUUCCAUACUUGGGUGUCGUAGGCAGCCUGGCCAAGCUCCCCGUACUGGAUACAGACUUCAACUACAUGAUUCGAGAAACUGUGUUCGUGUUGGACCCAGUCCCUGCAAACUAUACAUAUGUCGUACCAGUUCCAACUUCGACGGUGUGGAACGAGACUCUUGUGCCUUUGCCCGAUUAUCCGGCAAUUCUUCUUCAGAUUGAUGCUGGAUCUCCCUUGUUUCGAGUCGACCUCGUCGCUGUUGGCGAUACAAAGGCCAAGGUGAACACAACGAGUGUGCUUGGUGCUGAUAUCGUUGGCACCCUGCCCGGCUUCCCUAUUCCGUUUGCUCCAAAGGGAGAAUGGAUUGUUGCAUACACUGGCAUGACUCAAGAAGGCAUCGCCACUCCUGCGGGAACUUAUCAAUUUUUGGUUCGUGCGGCAAAGGUCUAUGGUGAUGUGAACAAUCCCAAGGAUUUCGAGAGUAUGCUCACUCAGCCAUUUAACAUGGCAUAC